CGCUUCCCGCCAGGCUCUGAUUGGCUGUGGACCGCCCCUUUCUUUUGUUAUGGACUGAAGGCGGAAGUGGAUUUCAGCGUGUUCUCCACAGUGAAAGAACCAACGAAACGAUCUCAAAAUGCGACUUUUUUAAAAAUCCCAUUUUCAGAGACAUUAUGGCCGGAAGUGAAGCAGAAUCCUCGAGUUUAGCGUUUAAAGUUUUUACGUUUAAAGAUGACGAUGAAAACUCAGAGGAAUCUUUGAGCGUGACCAUCCCAGAGGUUUUGGACCCUCAGUUCGGGAUGUACGUGUGGCCCUGUGCCGUGGUUCUGGCCCAGUUUCUGUGGAAUCGAAGACGAGAGUUGAAGAACAAGACUGUCCUAGAGUUAGGAGCAGGCGUGUCUCUUCCUGGGGUGGUGGCUUCUCUUCUCGGUUCCUCCGUUCUGCUCUCAGAUUCUGCAGAACUUCCUCAGUGUCUCAAGAAUUGUGCCCGCUCUUGCCACACCAACAGGUUAAAGGUCACAGCAGGGCAGAAGUCAGAGGUCGUACAAGCCCUGGGGCAGAGGUCAGAGGUCACACCCAACCUGGGACAGAGGUCAGAGGUUGUACAAGUCGUGGGUCUCAGUUGGGGACACAUCUCUCCUCGUCUUCUGUCUCUGCCCAAAGUUGACCUAGUCCUCGGAUCAGACGUCUUCUAUGAUCCUCAAGACUUCGAGAGUGUUCUGGUGACGGUGUCGUUCCUCUUCCGGAAAAACCCUCUCACUCAGUUCUGGACCACCUACCAAGUCAGAAGCUCAGACUGGUCUCUGGAGCUCCUUCUCUCUCGCUGGAGGAUGGCUUGUGAAUUGGUUCCUCUUGGGGUGUUUGAGGCUGAUAAACCGGAGCUGGCUGGGUCUCGUCUCCCUGGAAACCAUAGCAUCCAGAUGAUGGUCAUCACCCCUGGCGACGGCAGGUGGUCUUUACAGCAACAGCACACUGAUGACAACAGCAUGUGAUGUUGCAAUCUCCUCCCCCUUACUCACUGCUGCAUUUGAACUGAACAAACCAAAACACACAGGACGGUGCAGAGGAAGUACACAGAUAGCUGGUGAGUCUCACCUCACAGGCAGAAGGUCCCCAGAACUCCCGGGCCCUUCUGUGUGCAGUUUGCAUGUUCUCCCUGUGUCUGGGGCAGAAAUUAUUGUCUGAUAAGACAUUCCUACAUUCACUCUAUAGCAGAUCUGUUCAGUAACAAAAUAUUUGCUGCAUUUGAUCAAUUAAGACAAAAAUUCAAUAUAGAUAAUAAAGAUUUUUUCAAAUAUUUGCAAAUCCAGGAUCUCAAGAGGGCGGCUUUUACAUUUUUUCAGUGGUGUGAAGCUCAGGAAAGGGUUCACUCCUCCGUCUGCAGCAUACACGGACUAAUUCAGUUUAAGACCACCAUAAUAGAUAAAUAUUGACACAACUGUGCAGGUAUUUAGUUCUGUUAGAAUUCUUUUUUUGUUUUUAUUUACUUAUUUAUUUUUCAUUUCUUGCUUUGUUUGUUGUUUGUAUUCUUGUCUAAAGUUGAUUUAUAAAUGUUAAACAUGGAUGUGUUAUGGGAGACAUUGCUUUUUUAUAUUUUAAAAACUUUUAAAAAAGUUAAAAAAAAAAACACUGUAUUUACUUUUUUUUUAACGAAAUGAAAAUCCCAAAGUGAUUUAAAGAGCUCAUUUUCUUGUGAUCAAUCCAAGCGUUCAUGGUCCUGUUUGUUUGAUUUUACACAAAAAGGUGAGAGUGACUCACUGCAGAACUUUGGGCUAAUGUAAUAUUAUUUGAGUGGGACUUGUUUAACAGCACAAAUCAGCUCACCUGUUUAGUUCAGAUAAAUCAGUUAUUUAUGCUCAGAUUGUGUUAAAACAAAGGAAAGGUUAAAGUCUAACAGAGCUUCAGACAACACAGUGCCUACAGUUAGCAUUACACCCC